GCGCCGCCUCCCGCCCUCCGCCUCCCUGCGCCGCCAUGUGGGGCCGGCGGCGGCAGCGGCCUGGGCCCAGCGGCGUGGAGGAGCUGCGAGCCCGGCGCAGGGAGCGGGAGGCAGCCCUGCGCAAGGCACGGCGGCAGCAGCAGCUGGUCAGCAAGCGGCACCUGUGGGAGGGCACCGCGGAGGAGGACGGCCAGGGCGGCGCAGAGCCUGUGGGCGACUCUCUCCCGGAGGAUGAGGUGCUGGAGCUGCUCAGAGGCCUGCAGAGGGGCUCGGAGGACAGGAGCAGCUCCCUGUGCCGCCUGCGCCAGGCUCUGCGCCACAAGGAGACCCAGCAGACGUUUGUCAGGCUGGAGGGCAGCGUCCGGAGCCUGGUGGGGCUGCUGACCAGCAGCCUGGGGGAGCUGCAGCUGGGCGCUGCCCGCUGCCUGCAUGAGCUGUCCUGCGGCCAGCCGCCCGUGCCCGAGGCCUGCCUGCCAGCCACCCCCUACCUCCUCACCUACCUGGCAGGGCACAGCCUGGAGCUGACGGAGCUGUGCUUGUACACGCUGGGGAACCUGGCAGUGGAGAGCCAGGCAGUGAGGAGGCAGCUCCUGCGCCAGGGCAUCAUCCCCGUGCUGGCUUCCUGCAUCCAGUCCCCCCACGAGGCAGUGCUGGAAGGUCUGGGCUAUGUCCUCUCGCAGCUGCUCCAAGCUGAGGAAGCUCCCACAGAGAUCAUUCCGCUGGUGCUGAGCUCUGGGCUGCCCCAGCAGAUGCUGCUCCUGCUGCAGGGGGGGCUGGGGGCCGGCACUGCGGUGGAGCUUGCCUGGUGCCUGCACUACAUCACCUGCAGCCACACAGCCAACAGGGAGCUGCUGGCGCUGGGCGCUCUGCCUGCCCUCACCGAGCUGCUGCUGCAGCUGGCAGCUGACAUCCCCCCGGAGCCGCCCGACGGCCUGGAGCUGCUGGUGUGCCCUGUGCUGCGCUGUCUCAGCAGCCUGCUGGCGGAGCCGAGCGGCGCCGAGGGCCAGCUCCGGGACCACCGCCUGCUCGUGGCCCUCUUCCUGCUGCUGCAGAGCCUCCUCCCGCAGCAGCCCUUCCUGGUGCAGGAGGGGCUCUGGCUGCUCAACAACCUCACCGCUGAGGAGUCCUUCUUCUGCUCGGCUCUGCUGUCCCUGGACCUGCUGCCAGCCCUGCUGCAGCUGCUGCCCUGCUCCCAGAUGGGCAGUGUGCUGGUGCUGACUGUGCUCUGCAACGUGGCACACAAGGGCCCUGCCUACUGCCAGCAGCUCCACCAGCAGCAGCUCCUGCCCAUGCUGCUGCCCACCCUGCUGCUGCCCGACCCUGGCGUGGUGGGGCAGUGCCUGGAGCUGCUGCACCUCCUCUUCCUGCACUGGCCAGAGGCUGCUGCCGACUUCGCCAGGCAAGACGGGCACCGGGCGCUGGAGCGGCACCAGGGCACCCCGGAGCUGCAGGAGCGGGCACGAGCGCUGCUGGGCGCCCUGGGGGCACCCCUGGCAGCCUUCAGCCCCUGACACCACCAGCUGCUCCUCUGCCCCUGGGCCACUCCACCUUCCCUCUGCCCUCCCCACUGUGCUCCACAGAGGAGCCAACCCCUGCGAGGGCUCCGAGUGUCAGCACUGGGCACGCUGCUCCUGCCCAGGCUGUGCUGCCCCCAGCACCACCCCGCAGAGCCUGGCACAGGGACAGAGCCACACUG